AUGGACCCGCCCAAAGGUCCCAUCAAAGGAGCAGAUGGACAUCCAGUAGCUCUUGAGAUGGAGACCUCAGAAGCAGUAACUUUUUCGGCGGAUUUGUCGGAAGAACUGUUAAAAUUGCGCAAGCGGAUAUCGGAGCAUAUUGUGAGUCUUUUGGAAAGGACAAAAAGGAGAUUUAUUCAUUCAAUUCGAGGAAGUUACUCCGAUGCGUCGAGCUCUCACUGCUCUUGGCGAUGGUUCUGAUUUCUCCUAUUGCGAUCCGUUACUUGCGUCCCAUCUCGUUAGAAUAUUGAGAAAAAUGGAAGAUGUAGGCUGGAGUUUUGCAUUUCUGUAUAGAACUGCUAAAUUUCAGAGAGAAAAGCUAAUAGUCGUUAAUGAAAUGGUGAAAAUCGUGCACGAUUCGGGUGAAAUUGCGGACGCCGAAGGAGAACCUUACUAUAUAAGGUCAUUUUCCAAACUUUUAAUUUAAAUCAUCUUUUUUUCAGAGUUGAAUACGAGCAAGUCGUCGAUUCAAUGUUAAACCAUGCAUUUGAGGAAGGCGUUCUUACGAUAAAGUUUGGAUUUUUUUCCGAAAAAAAAAAACUAAAUUGUUUUCAGUCAGCACAUUGAGGGACUCGUCAUGACGACCGAUUUUUUUCGAUGA